ACUUAGACCGGUCCUCGGGUCCCACCCUAAUAACUCAGUAGUCAUCCUCCCAUUUAUAGCAAGCAAACAGGUCACAUCCGACCAACAUCCCAUACGUAACACGUCACAGUUUCAGCAACUUGAGAAAAACACUUCAAUAAUCUUUUCUCAGAUCCAAUCAUGCCUUUUAAUCGACACAAGAGUUUUGGGGGCUUAAAACAUGGGAUGCUGUGGGUAUAUUUGGAGGGUGGGUUUCGCCUUUUUUUCCGUGUGGGAUCCGCAAUAAUCGCCACGCACGUUGUGACCAGCUGUUGCAACGUAUUCUUGUCUCCCCUUCCGCUUUUCGUUUGCCCCUUUCCACCUCCCCACUUUUACACCCUUCUCUCUGCUUCGGCUUGCAUGGGGGCAUAUUCUCGAUAAUUCUUUUCCCUUCCCAAGCUGGACCACCACCGCCCGCCAACCAACCAUAUUGCUUCUUCUUUGUUUAUUAGGAUUCCGGUACUGCACUGUGAGAUGGAUAUUCCAAUCUGACGGUGCAUGAUCACUGAUCAUUCUUUCUCUCUCUUCCUUCCCCCUCUCGAACUCACUGUGUUCAUCUCUUUCUCUGCGGCUCCCCAUCUUCUUCAGCCCUCUCACCUUCACCCUGUCCUGUUGCGGUUCAUAUCUCAGGGAAAAAUUCUUGUCUUUCUCUCUCCUGGUUUGUUGGUGCUCCCAUUAUUUUCACCCUUUCCAUGUACUGAUUUGAUACUUCUCCGGUCCUCGGCCAAUCGCCACUCCUUGCUCUCUUUCUCCCCAACGAGGUGAGAGGAGAAGGCAAAGAAAGACAUGCAGCUGCAGCGAGGAGGGGCGCAGUACGGGGUGCAGCUGCCCGAAAUUCCCGGUCGCGAGGCGGAGGCAGCGUCGCCAAUUAGCGGUCGGCCGCCAGCGGGCGCCCGGCGUGCGAAUUUUGACGAACUCGGUCCCGCCGUAGCAGGCAACUCUCCGGACGACGAGGUUCUUGCCACAGGUGAGGAGGCCGAGAGGGGCGGUGGUGGCGUCACCGGGAACCGGUGGCCGCUGCAGGAGACGCUCACCCUGUUGAAGAUCCGGUCCGAGAUGGACGCCGCCUUCCGGGACGCCACACUCAAGGCUCCUCUUUGGGAGGAGGUCUCCAGAAAGCUAGCAGAGCUCGGCUACAAGAGGACCGCCAAGAAGUGCAAGGAGAAGUUCGAGAACGUGCACAAGUACUACAAGCGCACCAAAGAAGGCCGCGCCGGCCGCCAGGACGGCAAGGGCUACCGCUUCUUCAGCCAGCUCGAAGCGCUCCAUAGUGGCAGCAGCGCCGCCGUUACACCCGCCGCUCCUAUCCCUUCCAUACUCGUCGCCACCUCGUCCGCCUUCAGCGCCAGCUUGGUGGGCCCACCGCCCAGCAGAGCCCAGCCUCUCUCCGUCUUGGCCCCACCGACUCUUGCGAUGCCAACUAGGGUCGUCGUUCCCGAGCUGACCCCUCCCGGUGGCGCGCAGAGAAUCUCCAGUUCCGCUGCCGUCGCCGUCUCCACCGCUGCCGCCGGCAUCGGCUUCUCGUCGAAUUCUUCAUCUUCUGAAUGGUCCGAGUCCAAUGACGAGGAGACUGACGGCGAGAGCCAGGAAGGGAGGAAGCGGAAGAGCAACGGCGGGGGCUCGGGACCUAGCAGGAAGAUGAUGCCUUUCUUCCAUCGGCUGAUGAAGAAGGUGAUGGAGCGGCAGGAGGCCAUGCAGCAGAGGUUCUUGGAUGUCAUGGAGAAGAGGGAGCAGGACAGGAUGAUCCGUGACGAGGUUUGGCGGCGGCAGGAGAUGACGCGGCUCAACCGUGAGCAGGAGCUCUUAGAGCAGGAGUGGGCGAUGGCCUCGUCCAGAGACACCGCCAUUAUCUCCUACCUUCAGAAGUUAACCGGCCGGACCAUCCCCAUGCCCACCAUGUCUGCUAUUCCUCUCUCCAUCUCGCCAUUCCCGCAGCAGCAGUCGCAUACUCCGCCGCCACAACCAGCCGCUCCUCAGCUGCCGCCGCCACAGCAGCAGCAAAGACCACCUUCUCUGGUACAAUCACCCUCGCAGCAGCACGUUGUUCAGCAUCACCACCAUAGAACCGAGAUGGCACGGUAUCAGCCGUCGUCGGCUAUGGAGCUCGUCCCCAGCUCGGAGCCCAUGUCGUCAUCCUCGCGAUGGCCAAAGGCGGAGGUGCAUGCGUUGAUCAAGCUCCGCAGCGAGCUUGAGUCGAAGUACCAGGAGACCGGGCCGAAGGGGCCACUGUGGGAGGAGAUUUCAGCCGGAAUGCAGCGGCUUGGCUACAAACGUACCGCCAAGCGGUGCAAGGAGAAGUGGGAGAACAUCAACAAGUACUUCAAGAAGGUAAAGGAGAGCAACAAGAAGCGGCUGGAGGACUCCAAGACCUGCUCUUACUUCCACCAAUUGGACGCCCUCUACCGCAACAAGCUCCCCGGCACCGGCAACACCAUGGGAAGUCCCGCUUCCAAUCAACGGCAGAGUGACACACCAAGGAACAUGUCGCAACAGCAAGCACCACCACCACCUCCACCGCCGCCUCAACCUGCCGCAGAGCCCGAAAGCAAGAAUGCUACACGAACACAAACUACCAAUGGAUCACUUCAUAUGAUCUUUUCUGACCAAGGAUUGGAAAAGGUAAGCACUGUGAUCAACGACUACGACAAGUUGGACCAAACUGACAGCGACAACUUGAACCAAGACGACGGCGACGACGACGACGACGACGAAGGGAAACUGCACUACAAGAUACAAUUCCAGAGGAAGAGCAUGAGCGCCGGCGGCGGAGGGAAUCCAUCGACGGCGGCCUCAGCAACCGCGAGUUCCUUCUUGGCAAUAGCCCGAUAGAUUCAGUAUACAUCCCUGAAAGCUCUACUUAAUUCCCUUCCCAUAUAUGUAGCUACCAUUACACAUUACACCACUGCAGCACACACAUUCGUGUUCCCUUCAUCCCUUCCUCUUCUCCUCAUGCAUGCAUUCCCACCAUCGAUCGACAUUAUCCCAAGCAUCAUCGGUACUUCUUUAGUGUGGUGAUCGCAUCAAUCCACCCUUUGCUCUUUAUUGAUUUGUUUGUGGAAUAAGAAUCCUCUCCCACGUCAACGGCCAGAGAAGCUAAUAAGCAGCACUAUAACACAGCAUUCACUAAUGGAACGAGUCCAAAAGAGACAACAGAGAGAUAGAAAUGAGCAGAAUUUUCUACAACCAAUCGGAGAAGGUAAAUUAAGUGGACAACAGCUCUAAAGAAGCUCACAUUCUCUACAUCUCAAUAUGUUUUUCCUUUGGUCAUCAUUACACAGUUUAGUUAAAACAAGAAGACAAAGAAAGGAAAAUUUGUAAGAUCAUAUCACAGGCCAUAUAUGGUGCAUCUUUUUCUUUUCAUUUUUGUUUUCUUUUCUCCCUAUCUUUAAUUGCAAUGAAACAUUGUGAAGGUUUCCAGUGUCACAGUGUAAGUUCUCUAUUCUUCUUGUCA